GUCUACAUUUCCAUCCCAUGGCCGUCUCUAGGUGAUUAAGCGCCGCCAGUCUCAAGCAGGUGUCCAACAUGGCGAUCACGGGAAGCGGAUCUCUACUUAUUUCUUUGAGCGUUUUCGUGAUUUCAGCGGUGUUUCUCCACAAAGGAGCUGCUGAAACCGUGACAGUUGACAGUCAGAACUUGGCAACUGACAACGUGUCAGUGAUUGAGGGAGAAACGGCCACCAUCAGCUGCAGAGUGAAGAACAACGAUGACUCCGUCAUUCAGCUGCUCAACCCCAACAGACAGACCAUCUACUUCAGAGAUGUCAGACCUCUCAAGGACAGCCGGUUCCAGCUGGUGAAUUUCUCUGACAACGAACUCCGGGUGUCUCUGUCCAAUGUGUCACUCUCCGAUGAGGGACGUUACGUGUGCCAGCUCUACACAGAUCCUCCUCAGGAAGCCUACGCAGACAUCACUGUCCUGGUCCCACCAGGCAGCCCAGUCAUCGAGAGCCGGGAGGAUGUGGUCAGCGAAGGGAAUGAGACGGAGCUCACCUGCAUAGCCAUUGGCAGCAAACCAGCUGCCUCUAUCAGAUGGAUGAAGGGGGAGGAAGAACUGACAGGUGAAAUGACAGUGGAGGAGAUGUAUGACAGGAUGUUUACCGUCACCAGCCGGGUGAGGUUUUCUGUCACCAAGGAAGACGAUGGACUCCCAGUGGACUGCAUCAUUGACCACCCAGCUGUGAAGGACCUCUUGGCAGAGAGACACUUGGAAGUGCUAUAUAAGCCUGAGGUUAAGAUUGUGGUGACAUACCCCGAAGGGUUAACUAGAGAGGGAGACAACCUUGAUUUGACGUGUAUUGCAGAAGGAAAACCACAUCCCCAUCAGAUCAACUGGUUGAGAGUGGAUGAGGAUGUGCCGCCUCAUGCUGUGGUUACCGGCUCUGAUCUCUACAUUGAGAACCUCAACAAGUCCUACAAUGGCACUUACCGCUGUGUGGCUUCGAACACGGUUGGAGAGGCCUAUGAUGACUAUAUCCUCUAUGUGUAUGAUGCUCCCACUACUACUCCCACACCCACCACCAAUCCAGUCAACACACAAGACUCCAGAGCUGGCGGAGCGCCACAAAAAAUUGACCACGCUGUCAUUGGAGGAGUGGUUGCCGUGGUGAUGUUUGCAAUCCUCUGUGCACUCAUUGUUCUUGGUCGAUACUUUGCCAGACACAAAGGGACUUACUUUACUCAUGAAGCCAAAGGUGCGGACGAUGCCGCUGACGCAGACACGGCCAUUAUUAAUGCAGAGGGGGGACACAACAACACAGACGAGAAGAAGGAGUACUAUAUCUGAAGUGGACAGGCCAGGAGAGACGGGUGGGGAUGCUGCAGGUGGUGGUCAUGGUGCUGUAGGAGUAUUAUGUCAAACUCUGAUUGGUUACAAGACAGCGUGGGAGAAAGGAUGGCAAGAUUUAAAGAAAAGAGACGGGCAGAAAAAAAGGUGGAAAAUAGGACUGGUACAGCCAAGGGAUAAGAAGAGGUUGAGUCUCCUAUCCGACCCUUCCUGGACCUCCGUGUCCUAUACUGUACAGAUUGAUUAUUUUACAGACAAUUUUGUGCCUUGUUCUAUUUCUUUUGUUUGUUUUAUGGUCUUCUUUCAAAAGCUUGUUGGAUUGAUUUUUUUUUUUUCCGCCCCUUGUACUUCACUUGAUCCCGUGUUGCUUUUGGCUUUUAAGGAGGAGAUUAUAAGGGUCUGGUGUUCAUGUGAGCUGCUAGCUUUUAGCUUGUAUGACCAGAUCUGAGAAGUCAGCUCAUCCAUACAUCUUUCCUGCAGCCUUCAGUAAAUGAAACAGGAGUGUCAACACAUUUCUUCAUGUUGGGUCAGAAGUCCUUUGGUGCCUCCAUCCACAGGGCGAUUACUUUCAUCCCCUUCGAAUCAGGUUCACUGUACCAAUUGCUUUUGUAAGCAUCAGGCUAGAAUGCUCAUAAUGUAGGGGCCAUUAUAUUUAUAAACUCACUGCACAAGUCUUAUUUUUGUUUUUUCCUAAUCUCUUACAUUUACUCCCAGAAUUCCACCAGCAGCAGUUUUUCUAUCACCUCAUGGCUGAUGCAGUUUAGAGACCCCAUUAAGACUGCUUUAAACUGUGCUGGCAGCAUUUUAGAGGCAAAUUGUUUCAUCUACCCAAACGCAUAGGUUUAGGUACAUUCUUGUAUUUCCAUGACAUCUAAUUCCAAAACACCUUACACUAUCAACACUUCACUUCCUAUUCUUCAUUCUUUCCGGUGUCAUCCAAACAAAAAGAGCAAAGAUAAUGUACAAAAAAGGUACUUAUUAAGAAAGUAAUUAAAGGACGUUUUCCCCAGACAAAGGUUUAACAAUCUAUAAACUGUAAAAUUUAGAUUCUGUAUGAUCUUCACAUAGUAGGUCACUCUGGUCAGUUUGCUUUGGCGUCUGGAAACAGAGAGGUGCUGCUGGGAGGCUUCUGAGGCACUGCAGCUCCUCUGGUGGAAUCACAGAUCCCAAAAUGGUUAUCUAAACAGAACUGGACCUGUCAGAGUCUGCAACAAAUGUCAGCGUGGUGCAGGCUGUGUGUAAGAUGUUGUUUAAGAAAAUUAACCUUGGUUUUGUGAAAUUACUCCAAAGCAAGAGCUCAGAAAAAAAUUCAAAUGAUUGACGAUAAUCAGCAGCCCAUAACUUGGCUACCUGAGAUGUAUGAAUGCUUAUUGUUUUUCUCUGUCAGUGGAAUAAGGCUAGCUUUUCCCUUUACUUCCUGUUAUUUUGUCACUAAAAUAUAGUAUUAGGAUGUAAGUUAGCAUUAAUUUAGAACUAGAAUUCACUUUAACUUAUUUAAUAUGUGAAAAGUUAUCUGAUUUUAAUCCGUAAUAAUAAAAAGGGUAAACCCCAUGGUGUCAAUGUAUGCAUUAAACUUUAUUGUUGCAUUAAAAAGCCCCCAAUUUUGACUGCUCAUCUCCAGUGAAUUGGCCUUUAGGGGUAGAACCUAUGGAUUAUUUUUGUCACUUGUUUAUCACUUUUAACUUUAUGAGUGACAUAUCAGAGGGAAUAAACAUGUGUGAAAUGUUCAAUGUUUUACUUUCACUGUUGUGUAUCAUGUCUAUGUAAAUCCCCAUUUUCUGUUUAAGAAAACAAAUCUGCUGCCUCACAAAAAGAGGUCAUCUUCUGGCUUAAAAACCCAUGCCAAGCCAUUGCCUGUACAGUUAAAAAAAAUGAAUGUCAUAUUUCAUUGCUCUGUACAGAUGUUUUAUCUUUAGGUCAGUGUUGAAUCUCGUAAGGUCACAGGCUCCUACAGCUUCUCAGAAAUUUGUGCACAGCUUUACUCUAAGAACUUUUCUACUCCCAUCUUGCAGCCUCAAACCUUCAGAGUAGUAGCCUUUUGUUAAAAAAAGAAUAAAGAUCUCUCUUUUUGUGUUUGGCAGUGUACACAGGUUUUAUUCUGCUGUGACUCACAACUGUGGAAGCAAACAUCGUUUGAUAAUUUAUGAAGAUGAUUCAGUGCUGACCAAGGCGAAAGACGAUUAGCAGAUUAAAAACAAACAAGAAAAAAAAGGUUAACCACUGCCUUAAACUGAUUUUUUGAGACCCAUCUUCACAAAAGAAAAGACUGAAGGACUUAUUUUAGUGCCUUCCUUUUCUGAUAUUGAGGUAUUUAACAAUUCUGGUGCCCACACUUAUCUUGUCGGAUCGUGAUCUUGAAGGACAAAUCCCUUCUAACUGUGUACACUCUCCAUAGGCAUGCAUCCCAUUCAAAAUCUACAGAAUUUACAAAUAAUAGAAUAAAUUCAAUGCUUGGAAAUAAAAGAAAGCUUUCCAUGUUUACCAGCGUGACAGCUUCAGACGAAUAGAACACCUUAUGCCAAUAUGUUGAACGUAGAAAGUUCAAUUUUGCCAGAAUGACUUCGUCAACUUUGCUGACUCACUCAGUGAAAUCUUAAAAGCAUUUAUGGAAAGGCAUAAAUUAUAUUAGAAUAUAGAUAAAAAUGAAAAUGCUUUCGGGAUCACAGCAAUGCGGUGUCAUGGGAACAGUUCUGUGCAAGACAUGUUUUUUCUGGAAGGUGUUCGUGUUUUUCAAUGGACAGACAUUUACAGACGGCCCAGGCAUCAUUAUGAUAACUAAUUUUUUUAAGCAUCAUAUCUAGUAUGUUGUUGUUUUUUCACUUUCUCAGGUUCAUGAGUGUUUAAUGGUUGUUUUUCUGCAUCUCAGGUAGAAUGCAAAUUCCAGGCCCCAAGUAUAUUCCAGUAGUUCAAGAGCUGUUGACAAUGUUAGGUAAUCACAAGGUGUACAUGUUUUACUGAGUUGUACAUGUUACUGUGUUCUGAAUAUGGUGCACUGUUACAAUAAAUGUUAAAUAUUAUUUUGCAUAGACCUAGUUCUCAAAGACGACUAGAUUUGCUAAGCAGACAACAAUGAUGUACAGUCAGUGUUACCCAAAUCACAAUGAUGUUCAUGAGACUUCUUCUUCCACUGUAACACUUUGCUCAUACAGUAUCUGUUAAUUAGUAAUUAUAGGAUGUGACGACAGAUAGUCAAUCAAGUAUCACGCAUAAGUCUCCAGAAACGAUGGUGGUUGUAUUUACUGUGACGCAGUUUUAUGAAUGAUCUGUAACGUCUUGGAUAUUUGGGUGAAACUCAUUUUUAACACCUGGGAGGAAGGAAGGGUUUGGGGCAAGAAGGUAUGGAGUGCAGAUUGUUUUUUUUUGACGCCCCCUAUUAAAAAAAAUUGCUUUUCUUGAUAAAUCUGAAACUUCUCUAUGUUUCCAGGUGACAUUUUUCCUUUGUGUAGUGAAGAGGAUGUUUCUCAUAUGACCAUGCAUAUUUUGUAUUGGUUCACACAAACAUUUUUACAAAAGGAAAAAAAAAUCUGAAGAGUACUUGUCUUAAUAAAAAGAUUUCAAUGUCAAAGUC